AUGCGAAAGUAGAUAAAAAUAUGUACACGUGCAUGGGAAUGAUUGGAGGGGACCACCAGGGUUGAAUCUUCUUUUCCUCAAUUAUCUUAUACAUUUCUAAUUAUGUUGCCUCCUAUAUAUAUACCAUAUUCAGCCUUCCACAUUUUCCCAACACAAAACCAUAAAAUCCCACUCUAAUAUAAUAUAAUUGUUUCUUUUCUUCACUAGAUCUCAUUCAAUUAUAUUCCACCUUUUCUUACCGUUAAUUAUAUACAAUAUAAUUAAUGGAGGGAAAUAAACUGCAACGCCAAGCUGCCUGCAUGAGAAAUGCCCUUUUUGAUCAGGGAUAUCUUGAUGAACAGUUCAUUCAAUUAGAAGAUUUGCAAGAUGAAGCCAACCCUAAUUUCGUGGAAGAGGUCGUCAAACUAUUCUACUCUGAUUCGGCUCGAUUUAUUCGAAAUAUCGAUCUGACACUGAACAAUAGUCCUUCCGAUUUUGUAAAACUGGAUAAUAUUAUGCACCAGUUCAAGGGUAGCAGCUCGAGUAUUGGGGCCAAAAAAGUCAAACAGCGAUGCACCCAAUUCCAAGAAUACUGCAAAAUUGGCAACUUUGAAGGGUGCAUGAGGACAUUCCAAGAGGUAAAACAAGAGCAUGCAGCACUGAAAAAGAAGAUCGAGAGUUAUCUUCAGGUAGCAAGACAAGCUCGUUAAUUCCCCAAAUUAAACGAGCGGAGGAGCAACAAAAUAAUGAUGCCUAAUAAGUCAAUGUAACAUCUUUUUUCUAGAAAUCAAUUGACUUUGAAUCAAUGGAAGAGAGUUGAUAAUUUCAUGUGUUCUUGUGUUAAUUAAAUGUUUAAUCUCUUUAAAUCUUUAUAAAAACCAAUAGAGGCCCAUUUCAUUUA